GCCUGACUAACAUGACAUUAGAUUGAUCUAAAUGUAAAAAGGUAAUAGCAUUCUCUGUAGAUACAGAGUACUUAAUAAGUUAUCAUUUCAUUGAGUUGCAACGGCAGAAAACCAAGAGGUGCAGGAACUUGCAUCAUAUCCAUUUCCCUUUCAAUCCAAUAACUUCAACAUCCAACUUCGCAUCUACCAUUGCAAUAUCAAUCGACACAUAUAUCACGAAAAGCACGAUUGAAGCUGUCAGAAAUGGGCAGAGACUCUGAUCGCGACGACGGCGAUGAGCGAAACCACCGCAAACGCCCUGCCAACGACGAACCUCAAGAUGAUCUACCCCAACCAUACAACGCCAAGUCACUUCAGCCAGCAAAGCGGCGCGCCCUCUCGCCAUCAGAACAACCUCGAAAGCUGAAGCGCCCCGGUGCGCGUGCGCGUAUCUCAGAGGCUGAGCGUGAAGCCAUUCGACAGCGCCAACUCGAGCGAGAACGCGAAGCUGCUGCUGAGGAAGCCGCCGAAGCUGAACAGGAGAGGAUCCGAAACAAUAGUGACCUUGUGCGACACCACUACAACAACGUACCAGAGCGUGGUCGCGACUGGAGAACAAGAGACAGCAAGAUCAAAGGACUUCGUGUUUUCAACAAUUGGAUCAAGAGCUGCAUCAUUCAGCGUUAUUCACCUGAUGAAGACCACACCCCUGGUUCGCGCGAAGCUGGACGCUCCAGUGGCAAGGACCUACUUGUACUGGAUAUGGGAUGUGGAAAGGGCGGCGAUCUCAACAAAUGGCAGCAGGCUCCCCAGCCAAUUCAGCUUUAUGUUGGACUCGAUCCCGCUGACGUGAGUAUUGAGCAAGCUCGCGACCGCUACCGUACACUGGGUAGCCGUGGCGGGCGAGGCGGACGAGGCGGACAUCGACGACCGCCACCGCGCUUAUUCGACGCUCGUUUCCACGUUAAAGAUUGUUUCGGCGAGUCCAUUGAGAACCUCGACAUCAUCCAACAAGUCGGCUUUGACCCUUCGCCCAUGAAUCGCCGAGGUUUCGACGUUGUCAGCAUGAUGUUCUCUAUGCACUAUGCUUUCGAGUCGGAGAAGAACGCGCGCAAUAUGCUCCGCAACGUCGCUGGAGCACUCAAGAAAGGAGGACGUUUCAUCGGCUGCAUCCCUAAUUCUGAUGUUCUGGGCGAGCGAGUCCGCAAAUUCAACGAGGAGGCUGCUGUCAAGCGUGCAGCAAAGCAAAGCGAAGAAAAGAACGGCGAUGGCUCGACAACACCGCAACAAACAGAGCCAGAGGAUGGCGAGCUGGAAGAGGGCGAGGAGGAACCGACUGCUGAAUGGGGUAACUCGAUUUACCGCGUGCGCUUCCCGGGAAAAACACCUGACGAUGGCGUCUUUCGACCUGCCUUCGGCUGGAAAUACAACUUCUUUCUAGACGAAGCCGUAGAGGAGGUGCCUGAGUACGUGGUACCUUGGGAGGCCUUCCGUGCUCUUGCCGAGGACUACAACCUUGAGUUGCAGUUUCACCGCACCUUUCCUGAAAUCUGGGAGGCAGAGAAGGAUGACCGCGAGCUUGGUCCCCUGAGCGAGCGCAUGGGCGUACGGGAGCGUGGUGGAGGCCCUCUUCUGGUAUCUGAUGAGGAGAUGGAAGCUGCUAGUUUCUACGUCGGUUUCUGCUUCUACAAGGUCUAAUAAUUUCUGUACCGGUAUAACACAUUGAGGGUGGUAUCAUGGGCUUGGUGUUGAGGAGUUUGGCUCAUAUAUAAGAGAAACGACGCCACUAUCCCUAGGGCAAGUCGAUCAAAAUAAGGAAAGACGAUGUUUGUUGAUUAUAUAUCUAUGUGAUAAAUGUUUUUCGGUGGAGCUGGG